AUGGACUAUUCGGCCAUAACUCAGGACCCGGAUCAUCCCUCGGGCUCUGAUCCCUGGGCAUCUCCUCGAGCGACUCAAACGUCUUACACUGCAUCCAACAACAACGAUAUUCCCUCCUCGCCGCUACCCCCGCACCAGCAGCCCGGAUACAAUGGCGACCAGGAGGGCGAUGACUCCGGACCAAGAUCGUCCGAGAACGGAGCCCCCGACUCGCCUGAUCUAUCUGAACGACUUCAAAGUGCGCAAUUAGGAGACCCUGACUAUGCUGUUGAGCAGCCACCGUACGCUACACAAGCCCAGUAUGCGAACGAGCCUCGGUCUCAGCUCCCCGCGCGGUAUCAAACCGGAGCCAGACAGAAUGCCAGACCUGGGCCUGCGUAUAAGAUCCAAGCUAAAAUUACGGGACUGGAGAGGACGGGGAAGAAGGAUCCUAUCCUACGAUUUGAUGUUCAUACAAAUGUCCCCAAAUUCAGAACGACACAGUACCGAGACGUUCGGCGUACCCAUGCCGAGUUUACAAAACUAGCAGACCAUCUGAUCUCCGCGAACCCGGAGGUUCUCGUCCCCGCAGUGCCGCCUCCAUUGACCCCCGCCGGGGCAGGGACCGAAGAGGACGAGAUCCGAGUCAAGGCGUCGAUGCAGCGGUGGCUCAACAUUGUUAUGAGCAAUGAGGUUCUUAUGCAGGAUGACGAGGUGGUUCUGUUUGUCGAAAGCGACUUUGGCUAUAGUCCUGUCGUUCGAAUGAAGCAGCCUGCAACAGGUGUUCGGAGGAAGGUCCUGAAGCAGUUCGCGCCGCCGCCUGAUGAUACCCCUGAACUGCAGAAUGCUCGGCCUAUUGUGAAGAUGUUCUACCUUGGAACCAUGGAUGCCAGCCAUAAGGUUGACCGCGUGGUCAAAGCUCGUCGAGGGCUCGGCCUCGCUGAAUCUGAUUUCGGCGUCAAAUUAGGACAGAUGCACGUGCAGGAGACACACCCCGGCCUAUCCAAUGCCUACAAGAAAUUGGGAAAGGUUAUUCAGACCGUUGGAGACUUCCACGCGGUCCAGGCAACCGCAGAGGCGACUACACUUGAAGAUCCCUUGAGCUAUCAUUCCUCGGACGCUUUUAUUGUCAAGGAAACACUGACUAAUCGUCACAUCCUUCUGCGCGAACUCAUCCAAGCUCAGCAAGCUACUCGCAGCAAGCGUGCAGCUGCGGACCGACUGAAAGUCAGCUCGUCGGUUCGGCCGGAUAAGGUCGACGAAGCCAUCAAUGCCCUGGACGAGGCUCAGAGCCAUGAGGACUAUCUGACCAAGCGGACACAACGCGUCACUUCGAACCUUCUUCUGGAGAAGCGCGCCUGGUUUGAGCGUACCUCGAACGAUAUGUUGAACAGUCUGCGCGAGUAUACCCUUCGCCAGAUUGAAGCGGAGCGGAGAACUUUGGCUACACUCGAAAGUGUUCGUGCGGACAUUCGAUCUAUCGACUCGUCCGGGGGUCUGAGCCGCCUAGGUCGUGAAGCACACCCGGCUGUCCGCCGGGCAAACCUCGCUUCCAGCCAAGGUCCUAAGGGAGACGCAUGGAGUGGAAUUCCGCGCCGUAAUGACAGCCUCGGACGCAGCAUGAGUGGUAGCUUCGUUGCGCCGGCAGCGGACGAGGACGACGAGACUAAUGGGCAAGGCAUCGCCAAAGGACGAUUGCGGUCUCCCAGCGGCGUUGGCUCGAUCGUGGGGGACGAUGACGAGGACCGACUCGAUGCCAAGAAUGCCGCCAGCCGAUUAGCCACCAGCACAUUUUGA